CCGAGAUGGUUCAGGGCUCCCGCCUGCCUCCGCAGCCAGUGACGUUCGCCUUGUGGGGGAGAAGGCCGUUCCGGGCGGCGGCCUCACCUCCGCCUUCGAGCGAGGGCAAAGACAAUUUGCUGACGGGCUUGCGCCUGCGCGGUGCAAAAGGCAAGGCCGCCACAAGCACGGCGGGAGGAGGCUUUUCGGGCCGGGCCAUGGCAGAAGCCAGGGAAACCCCGAGGGAGGAUGGCCACGGCGGCGGUGGGAGCGUCCCCACGGCCCAAGAAGGAGAAGAGGCCAUCAGCGCGGGGGAAUACUCCAGGCGCGUGCACCAAUGGCUCUGGGACUCCUACUGCGGCUACCUCAGCUGGCAGAGCGGCCUGGCCGCGCUCAUGGCCGGAGCCGCGAACGCGGCGGCUUCGGCCCCGCCCCCCGGCGCCUAUUACCCCAGCGGCGGCGGCGGCGGGGGCGGCAGCUGCUACUACCUCCUAGCCACCUCCGUUGCCCCCGAGGGCGGUUCGGCUCCGGCCCGCGCGGCCCCGGCUUGGCCCCCGCCCGCAGUCCGACACGGGGCCCCGGCCCAGCGCCCCGCUCCUGCCACCGUCGCUGCCCCCGCUGGCAGUUCCCAACGGGAGCCUGGCCGGCCAGCAGGUCGUGAAUACAUAAUCCCGUCUUUGGCUCAUCGAUUUAUAGCAGAGAUGGUGGAUUUCUUUAUUCUUUUCUUUAUCAAGGCAUCAAUAGUUUUGAGUAUUAUGCACUUAAGUGGAAUAAAGGAUAUCUCAAAGUUUGCUAUGCACUACAUUAUAGAAGAAAUAGAUGAUGAAACUUCCAUGGAAGACUUGCAAAAGAUGAUGAUAGUGGCCCUUAUCUAUAGAUUGCUGGUCUGCAUCUAUGAGAUCAUUUGUAUUUGGGGAGCUGGUGGUGCAACUCCUGGGAAAUUUCUGCUAGGCCUUCGAGUUGUGACAUGUGAUACAUCAGUACUUAUUGCACCAAGUCGUGUGUUGGUGAUACCAUCAUCUAAUGUGAGCAUAACAACGUCUACAAUACGAGCUUUGAUCAAGAAUUUUUCUAUUGCUUCCUUCUUUCCAGCAUUCAUUACUCUGUUAUUCUUUCAACAUAACAGAACAGCUUAUGAUAUUGUAGCAGGGACUAUCGUAGUAAAAAGACAUGGUCUCAGAUGAUACUCAAGGAUACCUUUAUUCCACUGUCCAAAUAUACUGGAGCCACUUUGCUGGAUUUCUGAAUCUCACUCAAGAACAGUGCCAAUUACAACAUUGAGUUACAACGUGAGUGCAAUAAGUCUUGGGGACCCGUGCUGAAUGAAUUUGAAUGGCAACUCAAGAGCAGAUAUUUGAACAGAGCCAGAACACUCAAAAUCUUCAAAAGUCAUUGGCAGUUUCAAAGGAAUAGUAUUUCUCUUAUGAGAGGAAUACUAAUUCUGUAUCAAAAGAUAAUUUAUUUUUUAUGAAAACAAAACCAUUGUCAUUAUUGGAGGAACCAAAGCAAUUACAGUGUUUUUGAGAGAAAUUUACUACCGAGAAUUGUAUGCUGCUGUUGUUUUGGUGGGAUUUGUAAGUGUUUGCUACUCAUAUAGAAGCCUUAUCAUUAAUUGCUCACACAACCAUUGUAUUUUAAAUACUGAAGAUGUUUCUGUACACGUGUUAAAUGUCUUGCAUGAUGUGAGUAUUUGAACAAAAUACAAAUUCAACAUAUCAGAUAUUAUGAAGAUAAAACUAGUAUUAAUUAAUAGGUAAAAUACUAGGAGCUUUGGCAGUCCUGCUGUAGACAGCCAAGACAGAUUUAAUUUAACCCCUGCUUUGGGUGGUUUAUAAAUUGUUUUCCCAUCUUUUCCAUAAACCUACUUUUGAAUUUUCUAUAAAAGCAUAGAAAAUUUAAAUCUGUAUUUUAUUGUGUAAAACACUUAUUUCACAUAUAUUUAACAACAGUCAAACUAAUUUUUGAAUAAAACCAGAGAAAAUAUAUGUAUAACCUUUUGCACCAUUUUAUAAGAAAAUGUGGUUUCUUAUUUUAAAAUAAAUCACACUAUUGCUAAAGCAAUACAAAGAGUGUAAAAAUGUAAAUUAGUACUCUUAUUUUAUCUGCCUGUGUGCCUGGAUCACUUAAAUUAUACUUACUAAAUAAAACCUAUUUAUUUUGCAUGAUUUAUUUUUAUAUAUUUAUGUGAAAUAGCCAUGUUCUCAGUUUUUUUACAUCUGACACAUUGAUUUAAUAGGGAUAUUCUUUGUUAGUUUUCUGUUCAUUUAGGAUUGAGUAAAGUUAUAGGGGAGAAAAGACUACUAAGUAGUUCUUGACUUAGAACCAUUUAUGAUGGUUGCAGUGUCCUGGGGUCAUGUGAGUCCCUUUUACGACAUUCUGAUAAGCAGAAUCAAUGGGGAAGCCGGAUCCAUUUCACAGGGAAGUUUAUGUGACUGAGCUUUCACUCCUAUCCCUUUGGUGUCCCUAUUUCAGUUCCUGGGAUUAGUGGAAAUGUGAUUUAAAAUGGCCCUGUGUAGCUUCAUCUAAAGCAGGGGUAUCCAGCCUUUUAGCUUGCCUGGGCUGUAUUGAGUGAAAAAGAAUUGUCUUGGGACACACAUAAAAUGUAUAAUAUAAUUAAUGUAUAUAAGUGACAUAAUGUUAAAAUUUUAGUAUCUUGUGGGGCUGCAUUACUAGUUGUUCAAGGCUACAUGCAACCCAUGCAGAUCAUGGGUUGGACACUACCGAUCUAGCAGCUAGAACAGUUGAGAUGGCACCAU